GGGGAAACUUAUUCACAGACCCAGAGGAGCCAGAUAAAAAUCUGUUCAACCAUAAUGACUAUCCCCUUCAAUUGGAAAAUAGAUAAGCCUACAGAUAUUCCAUGGAUGGAUUGGUGCUAGGUGGCCUGUGUGGGAAAGAGGAAGAAAAAAGUGUCCAAGUGGGACUAGGAGAAAGACAGGCAGAUGGAGAGGGGAGGGUUAUGUAGAUAGACCAGAGUGGAGCUGCCAAACUAGUGUGUAAAAUGUCUCCCAGCACAGCAGUGUGAUAAUACCAGUGGAUAUUUCUAUUUUUACACGCUGGCCACCAGCCGUGUUCUGCCCUGUCGACUCUUGUCUCCUGUCUGUUGAGCGUCAGUUUGUCCAUAGACGUUCGCGACUGUGCUGUGGCUCGGCUGUGGGACCGGAGGGAUCAGAAGGGGGGACAGGACACUGCCUUGGAAACAUACGACACCAUCAGACAGAACUGGAUACAUACCGCCUGUUGAACAAGGUGAACAAUGGAACUCUAUACAGCUGGUUUUGCCUGGUCACAACAGAAACAUUGAAGGACUGUUACUGAGUUUUCAAGCCCCCCCAGACACACUGAAGUGGGGAAAUUGGAGGCAGACAAGGACUUUCAGGAUCCAGGGGAGAAGAGAGGGGGACUGUAGGGGCUCUGAAGCAAAUCUGUACUUUAAGAAGUUUGGACGGCAGGAAUUAUGUCCAACGAAGGUAACACUAGAGGUCAACAUGCUGCUACCACAACAACAAUCAGCACCAUCGCGGUUCAGGCUGGGGACUCUCAGAUUAUUGUCACUGUGCUCAAGUGUGGGGCGCUGGUGCAGUUGCAGUUGACUGAAGCCAAUCCAAACCUGAUGGAGAUCGGCAACAACCAGGAGGAAACCAGCAAACUAUUGGAAGAACACGAGCAGCUCCUGGUCAAACUCAAGAAACAGGAAGCAGGCGUGGGCGCCCUCCUGAAGGAGGCAGACAGGACAGCAGAGGACAAGGAGGAUGAAGGGGAGGUAUAUGAGGCCAUGGCUGACUCACUGAGCGACGCCUGGAGGACCCUGAUCUUACUGCUGGAGAAACGUCAGUCUCUGCUACGUCUGUCUUCUGAGUUCUUUGACAGGGCCCUGGAGUUUGCUAUCAGAAUAGAUGAGGCAGAAGAGUUCCAGAGCAGAGGACAGGAGCUGGCAGACGCUGAGGGUCUGAAGGAGCUGCUGAUGAAACACAGUGUUAUGAAGAGAGGUCUUCUGGAGAAGUCAAUGCUGGUCCUGAAUAAAAGUCGCGAUCUUCUGGACUUCCUAAGAGAGUUCCAGACAGAGGAGGCUCUACAGUGGAGUAAGGCAUUAUCGGGGGCCCACAGCAGCUGUGACCGGGUUGAGAGUCUUAUGGAGAUAUUGCAGGACAGGAGGAGACAGGUGGAUCAGCACAUGAAGCAGCAACUCGUUGACCUGGGAAUGAUCCUCAAUAUCUACCAAUGGGAUCGCCAGAAACAGGAAGUUACCCACUGGUUCAAAAACAAUGCUGAUAUGUACUUUAAGAAAGAUCAUUUGGGCUCAACGCUCACUGAAAAUGAGCAGCUCCUUAAGGAAUACAAAGAGUUUGAGGAGAAAGCCAAGGACUGGAGUGCGUUGGUGGAGAAGCUGCUAGCCCAGGCUUCAGAGCUGCUAGCAGGCGGGUUACAGAGCCGCACUGUGGCUGAAGUGGUCCAUGUCUCUGAGAAAAGUGUAGCGUUGAAAGCCCUUCAUGAGCACUUAUGGAGCCUCAUUACGGGCCGGCUGGCACAGCUGCAGGAGAGCAAUGCCUUCUUUAGCAGCACCAACAAGGCUUUUGAAAUCAUGGGGACUGUUGAAAGUAAACUAAAAGGGUUGAAGGCCCAGUCACUACGGUUGCCUGAGUUGGCCAAAAAGCAUGAGGAAUUGCUUCGAAGUAUCAAAGAGUCAGCCACCUACCCACUCCAGAGAGGACAGCUCAUACUGCAGAAGGUCGACCCACAGAGUACCCAAGUGGAAGGAGUGAAAAGAAUGCUGGGAUACAUCAGAGACCGGGUUGAUGCUUUGAGCCGGGAGUGCCAAGCCCACAGAAUGCUGGCAUCCAAGAGACUGCAGCUGGUGUCCCAAUGUGAAGACGUCAUAGACAAGAUCUCGAAUUGGAUAAAAAGGAGCAAUGACGUCCUAUCAAGCAACACUGAGCUUGGCUGUCUUCUCUCCCAGUCUGAAGAUAUGCUCAACAAACACCUGGAACUCUCCUCACAGACACAGGAAACAGCCAGUGAGGCAGAGGCCAUGACAGAACUUAUAAAGGAAUUGGACACACUGGAGUGUCCUGAAGCCACUGAGUUCUCCAACAAAGCGUCACUGCUAACAGAGGAGCUGAAGACAGUCACCAGAAACAUCAAAUCUCGCAUAGAGAAUAUCCAAUCAUACGUGGGCUUCUUGCGAAUUGCUGAGGAGUUGUCGGAGCAGAUGAAGAGCCUACAUGAGAGAUAUAACAGAAAGCCAGAAGAGGUGGAGGGCGAGGAGAGGGGAGUCCCGUCCAAGGAGUUAACUGACGAUAAGUGGCCGUCCAUGUUGGAACGUUUCCUUACCAUGCAGGAUCUGGGAAGCAGUUACAUCAAUUCCUCAAACAUGGUGAGUGAGAACCUGAAUUUGAAUGUGAGGGCAGCCAUCACUGUGGUAGAAAAGACAAUAGAGAAACUUAACAAGGAGAAGAUGGACUUGUCAGACCUUUGGACGUCCUGGCAGCUCCAUGUCAGUCAAAUGAAAUCUGUCAAGAAACAGUGGAAGAAAUUCAAAGAGCAACUGAAAAAGACUGUUCAGGACCUAAAGAGUGUUGAGGAAGUUCUUGUUCCGACCUCCAAAGUAGAUCUGGGAAGUGACCUUCGGACUUUGUCAAAGCUACUAGAAAACUUUAACCAAGCUAAGCCUGAAUUCCUGCAGUUGAAUGCAGAGGUAGAAUAUGUGGUGAAAACAUCCGAGCUGUUGGCAUUGAAAGGAAUCCCCAUCAAAGAAAAGAGCGAGAAAGUCACUGAGAUGCUUCACCUUCAUCAGAGAGUGAAAGAUAAAAUCUAUGAGUACGAGACUGUCCUCAACAUGGCUGUAAAGUUCCACCAGCUCUAUGAAGAGCUGGAGAAGCUGUUAAUGUUGGACCCUGUGUCUGGGUUCAGUGAGACAAGUCAGGCUAAGACCCAGCUGACCCAACACCAAGACAGACAGAGCCACGUCAGACAUCUGUCCAAGCUGGCCAUCUCUCUGGCAGGAGACAUCAGCAACACUGUGCAACAUUCGCAUGCCUCAGGUUUUUCGGUGUGGCGCCUGCAAGAGUGUUUACAGAGACUGGAGAGAAGCUGUGUGAACUGGACCGCUGAGGCCAACAGGUGUGAAGAGAGCCUCACUAGCAACGUGCACUACUGUGUCUUCAAAGAGGAGAUUACAGAGCUGAGAGAUUCAUUCAAGGACCUCAAGAAGAAAUUCAACAACUUGAAGUUUAAUUAUAUGAAGAAAAACGACAAGUCAAGGAACCUGAAAGCAAUAAAAAAUCAAAUCCAGCAGAUAGAGAUUUAUGUUGAAAAGUUACAGAUAUUGCAGAAGCGGAUUCAGGCAUUUACUGUGAAGGUGACGACCAGCACAGAGAAGCAUCUCAUAGGCAGUAGCCCCAGAGAAAUAGAGGAUUCUGUGAAUGAACUGCAGAGACAGCUGGGAGACUUUGACAAGACUGUGGAGGAGUACAGACAGAACCUGGACAUGAGCGUGAAGCUGCAGCUAGCUAUGGAGGAGUAUCAGUUUUGGUGUGAUGAAGCAAGUGCUACGAUUGUGAGAGUAGGGAAGUACUCUUCACAAUGUAAGACCAAGGAAGCAGUGUCUGUUUUAUACAAGCAGUUUGAGAAGUUUGUUUGGCCCACUGUGCCCCAACAAGAGGAGAGGAUCAGCCAAAUCACAGAACUGGCAGUGCGCCUGCAUGGUGCUGAGGAGGGAAAGAAGUAUAUGGAGAAAACUGUCACCAAACACAAUGAAAUAGUGGAAUCCAUAAAGGAACUAUGUAAUGGACUGAUGGAUUUGGAGGCUAAACUACAGACUGAAGCUUUGAAGCAGGAGCCUGAAAUAAAAGAGCUGGAUAAUCUCAUACAAGAGGAACCACAACGGCAAACAUCUAACCAGGAAACAGAGAAGGCUGAGACUUACCUCCAUGAGUCUCUUGAUGUGCAAUCUGAGCUGAAAGAAUCUGGACACACUCCUGAACUUACAGUAGGAGGAAACGGUAAAGAGGUACCAAUCAAAAUGUUAGAAAAGACAAGAAGCAAGAAGCCUCAAAGCAAAACAAAGAGCCAGCCAGACAAACUCAUCCUAGAACAUCAUAAAGUGUCAGAGAGCAGCCAGCAGGCCUAUUCAGAGACUAGCAAAAUGCAAACCAUCACCAGCAGGUCAACAGUGGAGAGAAAAGAACAGCUGAGCUCGUGUUUCUACUCCACACACACCUUCAGCCUGUCCUGUGCACCGCUGGAGAGGAACAGGAAAAUCCAUGCAUUCCACCAGGCAGAGAUAGAGUCCCUGGGCACUCCUCCACCUCAUAUUCCCACUUCCCCUGCCUUCGCUUCAGCUCCCAGCUUCUCUGAUAUCCAGAGAGAGUUCCAAAAAAAGGAACGACAAGGACCUGCUCAGAGGAACUUCCCUGUGUUUCAUGCUUCUAAUGCUGAGCAGGGUGGGUUUCUCUCCCAAGAUACAUCAGGCCUGCUGCCGAUGACAGGUAGUCUGACGGAGGGGAACCUUCAGCAACAUAACCUCAUGACAGAAGAGUCCCUGUCCAAUGAUGAAUAUGAGUGCACGUCCCCAGAUGACAUCUCCCUCCCGCCACUUUCCGAAACACCAGAGUCCAACAUCGUCCAAUCAGAGCAUGACAUGGACCUGGAUGGUUUCUGUCUCAGCUCCCAGUCUCACACUAUCCAUGUCAACCAGUACAGCCACCAGAUUCACUCCACACACAAUAACGACAACAACAACAGCCAGAAGAUCAAUGAGCAAACUGAAAAUGAUCCGUCUCCCAUGGGAGGCCUCAACACCAAGUUCAGAGCGGAGUCCUCAACCUUCGUCCACAGCCCCCUCACGGUCCCAGCCCCAAGUCUGGUUGCAAACACUCUCUCCAGUAUUAUGAAAAGCAAGGGGUUCGACAACCUUUCAAACCCCAACCUUUCAAAUAUCCCAAUAGUCGGUCCCCUAGGUUUAAAAGACCGCCACCAGAAUGUGUGUUCCUUGCAUGAGAGUUCCUUCACAGAGAUGCGGGAGUGUGUGCAUGACCAAAGCAGCCCACUGGUCACCGGAUGCUCUGCACCCGCUGCUACCGCUACGGCACGCUCUCCUAACACGCAUGCUACCCCACUAACCACAGCGGUUACACGAACAGACCAGGGCCAAGACCCAGACCUCGGCAAGCCCGCUGCCAUCAGAGAAGAGAUUAGGCUGCCUGUAACCAGCCGGUCUGUGGGGAGUGCCCAAGCUGGCCAGGGCCCUCCUCACUUCUCCAAGCUACUGUCUAGUUCCACAGUUGUGGAGGGGUCACCUGUGACCCUGGAGGUGGAAGUCGCUGGAUUUCCAGAGCCUACUUUGACAUGGUUCAAGAGUGGAGAGAAACUGACCAAUGGUGAGAACAUAAAACUGUCCCAAAAAGAAGGCAAACAUGCAUUGUUCAUACAGAGGGUCACUGAAGCAGAUGUUGGCCUGUAUGUGUGCCAGGCCAUCAACUCAAGCGGCACCUUGUCCUCUAGCGCAACCAUUAAGGUGAAAGCAGGUAACAGUAGUCCUAAAAACAACUGCCCUCUUGUCGAGCUGGACUGGCACACUUGUUUUGGCACUCUGUGUUUUCUCCUGUACCUUCUGUACUUACUGCUUUUCCAAUGAAAUAAAAUGUGUUAUAUUACACUUUUUCAUCAGACACAUUUCCACGUCACCUUUGCCCAGCAAAACACUGUCCUCAACUUCAUGUAUGAAAUCUGUAAGGAUGCGUGGAUGUCACUUCUGAAAUUGAUCCCAAUAAUCAAUACUCUUAAACCUUAAGAACCAAAACAACAUCUAGGGUUACUUUAUUUGUAGAUUAGAAUCAUUUUUCAUUUCUGAAUGCAAGUAUUUUAUCACAUACAGCUAUUAUGACAUCAAAACUAAAGUCUAAAUGGUAACAUAUGACUCACAUUUUACCUAUUCGACCUUUAAUAAAAUUCACUGCAUUGAUUCUGUGCCUCCAUUGAUUCAGAGAAUAUAAGUGUAUUAAUAAAUGCAUUAAAAACACA